UUCCCCUCGCCCUGCUUUUGGCCGACUCGCCGAGCAAACCGCUGCUCUGCUGUCGCCGUUUUAUUUUUAUUUCAGAGACGCCGUGUUUAUAGCGUCCGUCUGCUCGCGAUCGUCUCUCAGACGCUCUUUGCUGCAGUUAGUGCAGGGACAAGAGCCAGACAGACAGCGUUCUCACGACAACCACUCCGCCUCCUCCUCGCCGUCACCGCCCGGCAUUCGGCAUCUUUGGCCUCCCAGAACUCUGCAGCGGCGCCCUGGCUUUGUGGGGUUUGCCCCGGCAAAACAUAACCGGGCGCGCUGACGGCAAAGCACUUUCCCGGCCCCCAUUCGCUCGCCCAUUCGCUGCACUGCAUAUAUAAACUGCACCGACGUCCUUUUCUGCGGGCCCUCCAUAGAUCGUCUUCUAACACUCUGUCUCUUUCCUCGUGUAUCAAUCCUCACAAAUGACAAACGCAAAGCUAUCUGUCAUCGUCGUCGGCGCCGGCCUCGGUGGUCUCGCUGCCGCUAUCGCGCUCGCUACCCGUGGCCAUACCGUCACUUUGCUCGAGGCGGCUCCCAAGCUUGGUGAGAUCGGUGCUGGCAUCCAGAUCCCUCCAAACUCGACCGCCGUCCUCAAGCUCUUGGGCGUCUUCGACAAGCUCAAGGAGGUCGUCGUCGAGCCUUCCUCGAUUAACAUGGUCAACUACAAGACUGGCGAAAUCUUGGGACCUGCCGCUCUCAACCCAUACGUCGAGCAGGCCUAUGGCUCUCCCUACUGGCUCAUUCACCGUGCCGAUUACCACAAGCAACUCCAUGCGCGGGCGCAGGAGGUCGGCGUCAACAUCAUCGUUGACUCAAAGGUUGUCUCGGUCGACGAGUCCGUCCCCAGCGUCACCACCUGUGACGGUUUCUACGACACUCCCGCAAAGACAUACACCGCCGACAUUGUCAUCGCUGCCGACGGUAUCCAGUCUGGCCUUCGCAAGCUCAUUUUCCCCGACCUCACCGGUGAGGUCCUCGAGUCCGAGAGUUCCGCUUAUCGUUGCACUCUAACUGCGGAGCAAAUGUCCGGUGAUCCCGCUCUCGAGAAGCUUAUGCAGAACCCGAGCGCAACAAGCUGGAUCGGCCCUGGCGGUCACAUCAUGGCUUACCCAAUCCGUAACGGCCAGCUCUACAACAUGGUUUUGCUGCACCCGGCCGGAGACGAGAAGAGCGGCGAGUGGAACACCCCCGCCACUACCGAGGAGAUGCUUGCAAAGUACGAUGGCUGGGACCCGCUCGUUCGCAAGAUGAUCGCCAUGGUGCCCUCGGCCAUGAAGUGGAAGGUCUGCUACUUGAAGGAGCUCGACUCCUGGCGCAGCCGCUCGGGCAAGAUCGUCUUGCUCGGUGACUCUGCUCACGCAACCGUUCCUUUCCUCGCGCAGGGCGCGGCCAUGGCUAUGGAGGACGCAAUCACUCUGGCGGAGUGCCUUGAUCUCGCCAAGGACCCUACCGAGUACACUGACCUUUUGAGCAUCUACGAGGAGAUCCGCAAGCCGCGCACGACCAGAAUCGUCAAGGGCUCGCUCGAGAUGGGCCGCAUCAACCAUCUGCCUGACGGCCCCGAGCAGCAGGCGCGCGACGAGGCGCUGAAGAACGCGGCGAGCAAGGGCACUGCCGCGCCCACGCGCUACGAGGCGCUGUCGAGCACCGAGAUCCCGCCGUACGAUCUCAAGAACCCGAACCCGUGGUCAGACACAGUUUUCGAGCCAUGGAUGCUGGGAUAUGACGUUGUGAAGGUGGUGAGGACACGGCUGGGACUUAAAGCCUAAACAGAAUAAAUUAACGGAAUCAGACGAUUUUUUCUUGUAACGAUGAAUUCUAUUUGAGAUAACAAAAGGUUUAUAAGCUUGAAUCUGGAAUUAGAAUUAGUAAACACAUUGAACCUUGGACUUUGCGCUGGCCAUCGGAGGCAGCCAAAACCAUGUGCAGCCUUCUCUCGCGCGCGAUCGGCGCUCUUCAUUU